AGCACCGGGGAAACAGGCCCAGUCACUGUCCUGAGUAAGGCCUUCAGUCAGACCACACCAGAACCUGCUCGUCAGACCACACCGGACCCUCCCCGUCAGGCCACACCGGACCCUGCCCAUCAGACCACACCAGAACCUGCCCGUCAGACCACACCGGACCCUGCCCGUCAGGCCACACCGGACCCUGCCCAUCAGACCACACCGGACCCUGCCCGUCAGGCCACACCGGACCCUGCCCAUCAGACCACACCGGACCCUGCCCGUCAGACCACACCAGAACCUGCCCGUCAGGCCACACCAGAACCUGCCCAUCAGGCCAGCCUGCCUCUGACUGUCUGUGCACAGGGGAACCAGAGCGGCAUGCACAGCGCAGGGGAGGUGCAGAUGUGCCAGCUGAUCUUACCAUGUCACUCCAACCAGCUGGGAGAGCUCAGCACCGGGCAGCUGCUGAAGUGGAUGGACAGCACAGCCUGUCUGGCAGCGGAGAGACAUGCAGGGAUGGCCUGUGUGACAGCCUCGAUGGAUGACAUCCAGUUUGAGGAGAUAGUGAAGGUUGGGCAGGUAAUCAGUAUCAGAGCCAGGGUUAACCGGGCUUUCAAAACCAGUAUGGAGGUAGGGAUCGACGUGUCAGUGCAGGAUGUUGUAAGCAGUCUUCUGAAGAGGGUGUGUGUGGCAUAUUCGACAUUUGUAGGGAAACCAACAGGAGAACAGAGGGUCAGUCUGAAGCCAGUGGACCUGCGGGGAGGUGUGGAGGAGCUGGAACACUCCCUGGCCUCUGAGAGACGCAGACUCCGCCUCUCUAAUGAGGAGGCAUUUAGCAACCUCACGCUAAACUACCUCACAGUCAGAGACAAGGGGGCAUGGAGCAGAGGAGAUGCUGCCUCGCGGGUAUCGACGGAGCUUACUCGAGUGGAGAGCACUGAGCUGGUUUUGCCACCGCAUGCUAAUCACCAUGGCAACACGUUUGGCGGCCAGAUUAUGGCCUGGAUGGAGAAUGCAGCAGCAGUGGCAGCCAGCCGCCUGUGUGGGUCCCAUCCAACCCUCAGAGCCGUGGACAUGUUCAGCUUCAGAGGGCCGUCGGCCGUGGGCGACAGACUCGUACUCAAAGCAAUGGUCAAUAAUGCUUUUCAGACCAGGGUGGAGGUGGGUGUGCGCGUGGAGGCUUAUAGCUGUGAGGAGUGGAACCAGGCCAAACCAAGACACAUCAACAGUGCUUUUCUCAUCUACCAGCUGCCCAACACUGAGGGACACACACACACUUUCCCCGAUAUCACAUUUACCACACAGGCCGGAGAGAGACGAUACUUUGCGGCCAUUGUGAGGAGGAGAAUUCGCAUGGCCAAAAAACAUAUCUUAUAUUCUCGAGAGGAGGGAUCUCUCUCUGUGCCUUGGGACAAAAGUAAUCAGGCGUACUUGGGUUACAACAACGUAGCAGGACUCACUGUUUUGGCCGGCAGACAAGGCUGGGAGGCCAGUAGCAUUAGCAGUAAGGGUGGAGUGUUUGUCCAUGAAGAUGCCAACCUGUUGUGUAUGAAGGUAGAAAUGAAGGUGCAGAUACCUGCCAGCCACGCCUACUCCCUGCUCUCAGACCUCACCUUGCGGCCUCUCUGGGACAAACACUACCUGAGUUGUGAGGAGGUGGAGCGGGGUAAUGAGGAGGAGACAGUGUAUCACAUUAAGUGCUCCCCCAUCAGCGGAGCUCAGAGCCACGACUUUGUUCUCCUACUGUCCAAACGACAACCAUGCAAGGAUGGAGACCCCUUUGUGAUAGCGCUUCGAUCAGUUACCGUGGAAACCGUGCUGCCUGUGAAGGACCGUGUACGGAGCGAGGCUAACUGUGCAGGAUUUCUCAUUCACAGAUCAGGUCCCACAGCCUGCGAGGUGUGUUACUACACCCAGGUAACGUCUGGAGUGUUGCCGUACGUCGCGGGGAACCUGGCAGGUUUGUCCAGGUCCAUGGAGGACACAGCCUCCUCCUGCAUCGCUUUCCUGGAGCAACACUUACUCACCACAGCCUUCUGACCGGAGAAAUUACCACCUCUACGCAUGCGGCUCAUGAUUUUAAACUCUGACAGUUAUACGGUUCACUGGAAGACUUGUCAGAGGAGGACUGCCAACCUUCACCUCUGUAAAUAUUUCAGACUUAACACUUAGACAGCAGAUGUAGGAUUUACCAUGUAAACAGGACUGUUCAUUUAGUAGUUCUGUGUUUAAUACCAUUUUAAAAAUAAAACA